AUGUCGGCUGGCUUUGAUUUGUUUAGUAUGCGUUCUUUGAUUAUUCGUUAUGAUUCAGUUAUUGGCUCAAUUCACAAACAACGUCAUUGCUGCCAAGAUUGUGGUAUUGGAUUUAAAGAACUUUAUAGUGAACAACAUCAACAGCAUGCAAAAUUGCAUUUAAAUGAAGAAAAAACGAAGGAUCCUAAAACUAAGAAGGAUUUUACUCCAAAAAACCAACCUUGGUUUAUGUUGGAUGAUUGGUUCAAAUAUUCUGAAUAUGAUCAAGUCAAUAAAAUUAACAUUGCAAGCGAUGUAACAUUCUCAUCCCAAGGGUGUCAACAAUCCACUAAUGACAAUGUGUGUGUAGUUGAUGUUGACUCUAUUAAAAAUAAAGAUUGUUGUGUAUGUAAUGAACGAUUUGAGGUGAAAUGGGAUGAUGAUGGAGAUGCUUGGAGGCUUCUCGAUUCUGUUGUUUUUGAUGGAAAGGCUUUCCACACGUAUUGCAGAGACGAUGCAGCAGCAAUGUCAUCAUCAUUUGCAACAAUUAAUGAUGACAAAUGA